UAUGUUUGUUGAAACGUUUGAAGUCAGUUGGGGAAGACAACAAAACUGAAAAAAUUGACCCUUCAAAAGUGGAAGCAGACAUAACCCUGGCCCAACCAUCAUAAAUCAACUAAGCCAGGCAAGUUAUUCAAACACAAAGCCCGCCACUUUUUCUUUCUCUUUCAUACUUUCCAUCAUAACCCAUUCAAAUUUUUCUUCUUCACUUUGUUUUCUGUAAUUGCUUUACCAGGAAAACAAGAAAAAGAAAAGAAAAGAAAAGAAAAGAAAAGAAGAACAUCCCUUUCCUUUUUUCAAAGUGGAAUUCCCAAUUUCCCAACCUCCCUUCUUACUUAGAUAUCUUCUUUGUUUCCACUAAUUUUGUUACCCUACUGAGCUGAACUCAAUAUGAAGUUGUUGCCUUCUCCUUCUUUUUCUUCCUCUUCUUCCUUCUCCUCUUCCACUUUUGAUGCUCAUGUCUGCAACCCCAGAGCUGCAGCAGCUACACCCAGCUGUCUUUCGGGUAUUCUCCGCCGAAUUCUCUGCUCCGGUAGUCUCCCAACGCACCCAACCGAUCACAUCACAGAAGAAACUAGCUCAGUGAAGUCUGAUGACAAGGUUCUUCAUGCCAAGGAUUUGAAUGUCAUCAAAUCAACAAAUGAGACAAAGGCAACUGCUGGAAUUGUGGCCAGACUCAUGGGUUUGGAUUCCAUGCCAGAAAUGAAGCAGCAUCAUAAUUCGAUAUUGAGAAGCCAAUCUAUGAACUCUGUGGAGCAUUUCUACAAACCCCUAGACAACAAACAUCAACAGUUUAGAUCAACGAAGUCAUUUAGAGAGGUACCGACCUUUCUUGAGCUUGAAAAUGAAGACUACUUCAUCCUUAGCUUUGAAGGAGAAAGAAAAAGUAAAGAACUCAAACCAAAAGUAAGAAACAGUAGAGAAUUCAAGCAAAGAAAGGAAGAUGAAGACAAAUGUAAACACAGGGGAAGCAACAAAACAGAACAGUGUUAUGUGAGAAAGACAAAGAAGAAGAUACUCGAUCCAGAAGAAGCCAAACAGUUCGUCUUAAUCGAUUUGAAAGAAAAGAAGAAAUCAAGAAAGAGAGUCCCAAGAAAUAAGCCCACCUCCAGAAUUUCAACGAAGGACCGCCAUGGAAGAAAAUCAACAAGAAAAGUAGAAUCAGAGUGUAGCUCCGAUGAAUUAAGCCCAGUUUCAGUUAUCGACAACAGUGAAUUCCUACGAGAUCAGGAAGAAUCAACCCAAUUAACAGGAGAUACCCCUUCGAAUUCCCCCAUAAACCCAAGAAGGAAAUUAUCAACGGAGCACGAAAUUCCUCAGAACCCAUCUCGAAACGACGAUGAUUUGAUCAUCAACGGAGGAAAAAUGGCGAAGACGAAAGGAAUUGAUAAUGGGAUCCAACGGGAAAGAUAUGAAGAAGAGAUUUGUAUGAUAACAGAGAUGGAAUUAGGAGAAUCGAAUUGGAAGUACAGUAAAAUUUGUGAAGAACAUCAAAAUUUUGUAGCUGGAGGUAUAAUUGAAGGUCUUGAUUCGUCUAUUCUUGAAGGAUUGAUAGAGGAAUUUGUAGAACAUCAAAUGUAUGAUUUGAUCUUCAUCUGAAGAUCAACUACUAACAUGUAAAUUUCAAAUUAUAGUUACUAAAUUCACCUGAAAGUUCAACCAAAAUCAAUGAAGGAGAAUUUAAAAAAAAAUCAUGUUCUUGAUUACAAUUUCAAACUUCCUGUUUCAAUUUGAA